UCAUCUGUAGCUCAUAGCUUUUCACUUUAAAACAGUCUUUGUACUAACUCUGGGGGCCGAGUGGAUCCCUGCAGAGGGAAAAGGUCUUGUUCAAAUAUCUAAAGAGAGUAACCUAUCUGAAAUCUUGGUCUAUGUCUAAGCGUGCUCGUCUGUGACUACUUGCUACCCGGGACUAACCGGUGUCCAGGAUACCGCUGUUAGCGUUAUAGACAGGCAAGAACGUGUCAAGAAGUGGUUUUUCAAAAAGCUUGUGGGAAGGCAAAAAAGAGGGAGAGUAAUAAUUGCUGUUCUUUAAGAGGGUAUGGUGGUGUGGGAGAAAGGGCACGUCGGUCGUGGCCAGAUGGACCAUGAUCUGGGGCCGGGGGCCAGCUUUGGGAAUCCUCGGGUAGCGUCCGGGGUCCAGCUUGAUGGCUGUGCAUGCUUACUCGUUACUUAUUCACGUACAGAGUCAAGAUAAUAAUGUCUAACUCGUGGAGUUGCUGUGAAGAUUCACUAAUAUCAAGCGCCCAGCUCGGAGGAAGUGCGCACUCAGGUCUGUCCGUUCCAGGGAUGGGUGGGGUGGAGAACUGAGGACUCCUCGAGGGGCUCCCAAGACUCGCGUCAUUCGCCACUUUCAGCUGGCUUAUAAAAACUCCACCAGCGCCCAGAGAUCAUUUUUAGUUUCUCUUCUUUCCGAAGAAUCCUCACGGUGCUCAGCUGGCGAACCUCGCCCUCGCAGAGCCUGGAACCGAAAGGGAGCUGUCCGGGCGGUCGCGGGCACAUUUGCCCGCGCUCGUUCGCGCUCAUUGCAUUCGGUUGCCGUCGCGAUUGGCUUUAAAUCUAACACAGGGACCGGGUCGGUGAGAUCUGGCCUCCACCCAGAGCCGAGUGUGAAACCGAAAGCGCUGGGCUCUGCUAAAGGCGGUGGAGAGUGCGCGCUGGCUCGCCCCGGGCGCGCCCAGCCGGAGCCCCGCCCGCGCCCGCCUCCCCCCCGGGACUCUUGUAAGUUUCGAUUCUCCGCAAAGCAGAGUCCGGUGCCGCCGCCAGCCCAGAGCAGCGCGCCAUGGCGGACCCGGAGGUGUGCUGCUUCAUCACCAAAAUCUUGUGCGCCCACGGGGGCCGCAUGUCCCUGGACGAGCUACUCAAGAAGAUCGCGCUCCCCGAGGCGCAGCUCUGCGAGGUGCUGGAGGCGGCCGGGCCCGACCGCUUCGUGGUGUUGGAGACCGGCGGCAAGGCCGGGGUCACCCGAUCGGUGGUGGCCACCACUCGAGCCCGGGUCUGCCGUCGCAAGUUCUGCCAGAGAUCCUGCGAAAACCUGCACCUCUGCAAGCUCAACCUGCUGGACCGGUGCCACUAUUCGCAGUCGGAGCGGAAUUUAUGCAAAUAUUCUCAUGAUGUUCUCUCAGAAGAGAACUUCAGAAUCCUGAAAAAUCAUGAGCUCUCUGGACUCAACAAAGAGGAAUUAGCAGUGCUCCUCCUCCAAAGUGACCCCUUUUUUAUGCCUGAGAUAUGCAAAAAUUAUAAAGGAGAGGGGCGAAGACAGAUUUGCAACCAGCAGCCACCGUGUGAGAGGCUCCACAUCUGUGAACACUUUACCCGAGGGAAUUGCAGUUAUGCCAACUGUCUCAGGUCCCAUAACCUGAUGGACAGAAAGGUGCUGGCAAUCAUGAGGGAACACGGACUGAGCCAGGCCGUGGUCCAGAACAUUCAGGACAUCUGUAACAACAAGCAUGGCCGAAAGAAAGCCCCUGGGUUAAGAGCUCCUUCCUCACAUCGCAGAGAUGCGCCAUAUAGAGGUAGAAGCAAGAGUAGAGACCGAUUCUUUCAUGGCAGUCUAGAAAUUCUUCCAUCUGCCUCAGCUUCUACUGAGAGGUCCUGCACACCCAGUCCAGACCAAAUCAGCGGCAAGGCUCCCCUGGAUGAUGUACCUGUGAAGGAUCUCACCCACAAGUUCAUGCAUUUGGGGAGUCAGGAUUGCCUGCAGCCAGCCUUCGUCUCGCUUAAGCCUUCCAAUCUUGGAGGAACAGGUCAAGUGGGAGGAAACCAGAGGUUUGCAGAGAAUGGGAGUCCAGAGCGUCUCUUUCGCGGGAAUCAUGGCAGCAGUUACCGCACUUCUGAUUCAACACCAGGUUCCAUCUGGAAGGGCCCCACAUCCCAGCUGAUUAACAAAGCUGCCAGUGCAGAGAUUUUGUUUCCUCAGAAUCAAGCUGCCUCCUGCUCUCCUCUUGGUUCUCCACAAAUACCAAAAAUCAUAACCACCAGAAAGAGCACGGGCAUGUUUUCUUUGGACGACGAGGGCAGAAGUGGGAGUCAAGAUGUCCAGCGUUUUCCGCUUUUUAAUAAUAAUGUUGAUGGAAUGGCCACAGAUGUAACUUCCACAAGAUCUUUCAAUUACAAAACCACAACCAGUAGACAGAGGGAAAAAUCGUUACCCAGGAAUCAGGACACUGGAGCUACUCACAGUAAUCUCCAGAUCACUGGCAAAAUUACAGACAGUGAUAUUUCAGCAUUAUUUGUUAACGAUAAACACGGAGAGAAGAGAUUUGGGGCUGGUAAAUCUUACCAUAACACGCCAAAUGGCUCUAGUAAAGUUACAGAUGAAGCUACUGAGGUAGCUAGAACCGGUGCCACCAGUUUUGGCUUACCAUCGGCAGUCAGAGGGGAUAAGGACAUGUUAUGCUCUGGAAGUCAGAAUCUGAGAACCCAGGUCCUGCCCACACCUGGGAAGACUACUGCCCCUGUGCAAGUCAGCACUCUGGCCAAGGGGUCACCUUCUACACCUUCUUCAAGCAACAGAGCUGCAGCCUAUGGGACCCAUGGUCAGAACUCUGCCCAAAUCUCUGUUACCCCUGCUAAUGAACUUUCAAGAAGGACCCCAGGCUCUGCACUGAAUUCCAUAUCUGACGUUGCGAAUACCACAUCUUCCAGGAUGGAUGAUCAUGACUCAAAGGAAAUUUGUCUUGACAAUCUGUAUAAGGGUUGUCAACGUAAAAGAUGCAACAAUGUUCACUUCCACCUGCCCUACCGGUGGCAGAUGUCAAUUGCAAACACCUGGACAGACCUCCAGCCCAUGGAGAAUAUUGAGAAGGCCUACUGUGACCCCAAAAUCAUCUUCAUUUCUAUUGGAAAUCAUAGAGUCAAUUUCCAGAAAAUGACUUGUGAUUUUAAUCCCAUCCGACGUAUCUCCACGCCUUCAUCUGUCAUGAUGCCAGCCAACUGUGUCUUCGCCACAAAAUGGAUUUGGUACUGGAGGAAUGAAUCUGACAAAUGGGUUCAAUACGGGGAGAAGACAGACAAUCAGGAAAGUUCGAGCAUCGACUCUUCAUACCUGGAGUCUUUCUUUCUCUGCUGUCCCAGAGGAGUGGUGCCGUUUCAGGCGGGUUCACGGAACUACGAGCUGAGUUUCCAAGGGAUGAUUCAGACAAACACAGCUUCCAAGACCCAAAAGGAUGUUGUCAGAAGGCCGGCGUUUGUCUCUCACCGGGAUGUGGAGCGGAUUAAAAGUGGGCUAGACCACCAACUGGCGCAGACCCGAUCAGAGUCUUUAACCUCAACAUCUCUUCAUCAGUCGGACAUGGGUUUCCCACCCUUGAAUGGAUAUGAGUUGUUUGAGAUUCAUAACCAGUAUCCAGAAUAUGCCAAAAUAAGUGAGCUUUUUAAAGCUUCCAUGAAAAAUUUCAAGAUUGAAAAGAUAAAGAAGAUUCAGAAUACAAAGCUCUGGAAUACUUUUGAAAGGAAAAAAAUGAAGAUGAAUAGAAAUGAAGAAAUCCUGUUUUGUGCAACCGGCCGUGCGUACGUGGAGUCUAUCUGUGCGAAUAACUUUGACUGGAUCUUACAUGGAGCUCAUGAAACCAAAUAUGGACAAGGAAAUUACUUCACGAAAGAUGCCAUCAUUUCCCAUAAAAGUUGCCCAGGUGAUCCCAAAGACAUCGUUAUGUUUGCAGCCCGCGUUCUGGUUGGAGAUUUUAUUGAAGGAAACAUGAGUUACACGAGCCCUCCUCCACCGUAUCAUAGCUGUGUGGACACAAGUUGUAAUCCUUCUGUUUUUGUUAUCUUCCAGAAAGAUCAGAUUUAUCCAGAAUAUGUGAUUGAAUAUACCGAAACAGACAAACCCUGCGUGAUUAGUUAGAAAUGAUGAAGACAGCAUCAUAAAGAAUGCCAUAACCACUCGGUCCACUUAUGGAACCAGAUUCCCCAGAUAGUAGUUGGACUUUACCUUUCCCCACCUAGUUAUCCAGUGCCUGGGAUCAGUGGUUCCCAAACUUGGCUGCACAUCUGACUCAUCCGAGAAGCUUUAAAAAAUUCCAGGGUCCAGAUUGCACCCCCUUCCAGCUAACUCUCUGUGUCUGGGGCUGAGGGCCCCGCAGCAGUAUAAUCCCCUAAGGGUUCAAAUAUGUUGUGAAGUUUGGGAACCACUGUCUUAGAUGCACCUGGUCAAGACUGAUUUCUAAAACUUCUGUAAUUGCAGCAACCUUUUUCUCCCAGCUCCUCGUUGAGUUUACUGUACGGCAUGGUUUUGCUUUGGUUAAAUUGAAAAAAAACUAAUUUGGGAAGUUCAAGAGAAAUCUAAAAAUGCCUGUUGAAAUAAGUUCAUAAGACAGUAGAGCUGUGGAUGGAAGAUGAAAAGUUGGGGGACAAAUGCUUAAGAACACACUAGGGGAAAAAGUAGAGGUCAGACGUAACUGCUGUGCUGUCCCUUUGUGGUGAAACUGAUUCGGGGCACGCAGUUCUUUAUCUCUACGUUUAUUUAGGGGACUCCAUCCAGGUUGACUCUUUCUGGAAUGCAAUAAAAAGGGCUGCGAUGUGUGGCUCAGAGAGAAGCAACCAACUGGAAUUAAUUGCCCCAUUUGGGUUUUUAUAUAAUUAUGGCAAAGUAGACGUGUAUAUUCUAAUCAGUAGGAUUGCAGAGAAGGCUUUUUUCAGGUCAGACUUUCAUGAAAUGUCUUUAUUUUGGGGGGACUGAGUUGCAGUAGCCUGAUUCACACAAGCAUGACUGAUAAACCCGAGUCCUAUUGUAGUCGUUCGCUGUGGCAGAUCAGGCUCACCAAGGAAUUAGGAGCAGGGCCAUCUUACUCAAGGAUGGGCCCCCUAGCGAGGUGAGAUUUGUUUCCUGGUGAGCACAGAAUCAGAACAAAGAAUACAGUGCCCCAAAUAGGCCUUGCACCUGCAAGGGGCUUCUUUUUCUAAAUAUAAUGUAUUGUGCUGAAUUGUAGUACAGUCAGCUUUUAGAGCAGUUGAGGUACCCGGACCAAGAGUUCCUUCCUUCUUAUGAGGCAGGUUUCUCCUUACAGUUUUCCUUUUUCUUUCUUUCUUUCUUUCUUUUUUUUUUUUGCUGAGGAAGAUUCACCCUGAGCUAACAUCUGUGCCAAUCUUCCUCUACUUUGUAUGUGGGUCACCACCACAGCAUGGCCUCUGACAAGUGGCAGAGGUCUGUGCCCAGGAACUGAACCCAGGCUGCUGAACUUAACCGCUAGGCCAUGGGGCCAGCCUCCAAGUUUUCCUUUUUCGACAUUCUGUACCAGUGGCCAAAAUUUCCUGUUAUAGUUCCUUCCAUCAGACACGUUAUAAAAAUUAGCAUUAGAGUUGAUUUUCUGUUUGUCAGUUUAGAUCAGUGCAAAGAUCUCCACAACUCUUUGGCUUAAAGGACUCCAGCAGUAACAAAUGUAUAGAGAUUUUUUAGGGUAGGGUUAUUUUCUGGGAGGCUUGCCACAAAUAGUUACUCUCAUUCACUUAUUUUUUUGGUAGUAGCUUCCAUUUUGGAGUUUUCAUUUCCUGAUCUUGACCCUCACAUUCCAGAGAUGCAGUUUAUACAACUCUAUCCAACUGCCUACAAGACAUCUCUAGCGGGAUAUUUCACAGGCAUCUCUAAUUCAGUAUAUGAACAAUGGAACUCUCGAUCUGCCUCCCUGAAAGGAAUCAGUUCCUCCCCAGCCUUCUGUAUAUAAGGAAGUGAUGUCACCAUCCACACAUCCGCUCAAGCAGAAAUCCAGAGGGGGUCCUUGACUCCUUCCUCUCCCUCCCCCUACGCAUCUACGCUGUUCCCAAGUCCAGUUUUCCCUCUUAAAUAUCUCUUUGUCCUCUUCUAAGUUGUUCUCUACUUAGCAGCAAGGAUGGUCAUAUUUAAAAUUUUUUUAUUUAAUAAAUCUUUCAAAACACAAAUCUGAUCAUGCCUUUAGAAUAAAGUUCAAAAUCAUUAUCACGGUCCCCCAUGAUCCCUCCCUUCCCUACCCUCUGUCAUUUAGUUUCUUCCACACCAGCCCUUCUGGCUUUCUUUCAGGUCUUUAGUACCCCUUUUCCCCCAGCUCAGUGGUUCUCAGCCAGCACUCCUGCCUUUUUCUUAAUGAAAAAUACUUUGUAAUAUCCACUUUAUUCAAAGAUUCAAAAUGCAAUUCAGUGGUAAUAUACUCUGCCUAAACACAAUUUUAGAAGUAAAUUAAAAUUUAAAUAAAAUUAAUAUUAACAUAAAAGGGAAAUAAAAGGUACGUAACUUGGGCACAACUAUACCAGAAGACCUAAUUAGGUAGUCAGAUGUUUAUACCUACUUAUAAUGAAUAAAUUUGAACUUAAAGAAGGUAGGAGAGCAGAAGCUAUUCUGUACAAAGAAGUAUGGGAAAAGGAAAAAGCAAGGAUACGAGUGGACAUUAGAAUAGAAACUAGUGAUACAAUAACUUUUUUGCAUAUGAUAAUACUUAUUUCUAUAAGAGAAAGAACGAAAUAGCCUUAACUGAAAUAAAGAUAUUGUGCAAGAAAAUCUACAGAUUGUCGAAAUAGAGAAAAUGAGGAAAUACUAUAUUUUUGCAGACGAGCUGUAGGUCAUACAUGAAUGUCUAGUAAGACAUUCAAAAUUCGUAUAGGGUGCAGAAUAAUUCCUUAUUGUGAGGAACUGUCCGACGUAUUGCAAGAUGUUCAGCAUACUUGGCUCUCACAUACUCAAGGCCAGUAGCGCCCUCUCCUCCCCCAGACUACGGUGGCACCCACAAACUCUAUCAGAUCAAGUCACCCUUUUCAGAGAGGUAACAUUUUGUAACAUCCCCUUUGCUGUCCUGUGACGACUCAGAGAUUAUAUAUUCUACUUACACACAUGAAUUUCUUUAAAAAAUCAAUUUAAUGCCCUAACUCUAUUAUAAUUGAGAAACAGAAGGAAAUAAAUUUAUAAUGAAGAUGAAAUGAAUUUCAAUAUGUAAAUGCUCGGGCGUGACUACGCUAUACGACAUCAUGAUAGACAGACACUCCUACUUACAAUGAAUAGGUUUGGAUUUAAAAGUCGAUCAGAGGCUGCUUCCUGUAAAGUACAGGAAAAUGAAAGAUUAGAGGUAUGGGUGACACUAGGAUGAAGACCAGUAUUAGGGUAAGUUUUAACAGCCUAUAAACCUUAUCUGCAUAUGGUAAGGGAAAGAGCGAAGUUACCUUAAUUGAAAUAAGGAUAAUAGGACAAGAAAAUUACAGAUUGUCUAAGAGGAAAAAAAUGACUAUUAUUCUCUUAAGCGAGCUGUAGUUCCUACAUAAAUGUCCAGCAGGACGUUAGAAAAUCGUAUAGGGUGCAGAAUAAUUCUUCGUUGUGUGGGACUAACCCAUACACUGCAGGACAUCUGUUAUGCCUGGCUGCACCUACGCAAUGCCAGUCAUAGUCCCAAAUAUUAUGAAACUAACAACCCAUCAAUUUCCAAAAUACCACAGUGAACCACUGACUUAGUUAAUAUCUAGCAUCCUUAGAUUAGCUUACUUUUACCCCCAUAAGGAGUCCUCCUAUAGAUUAGAUGGAAUGCUUGCUUCUCAAACCCGUUUUUAAAAUACUUCGUGCCUUGCUUGGUUCAUUAUAGCAUCUAUCCAACUUGAAGUUGUCUGCUUUCCACAUUAGAAUGUAAGCCAGCCUGUCUUGUUCCCUGUGCCACAUGUGAUGCUUGGUUAAGUGCUUUACUUGUUACAUUGGAUAAAUUUUGUUGAUUAAAGUAAGCUCAACUAUGUAUAUUUCAGUAGUUGAGUUGUAUUUCUUCUUAUUCUUCAAGCUUAAUUUGAGAUUAUCUAAUAAAAAGAAACAAAUAUUAA